AUGAAGCUCAGGACUUUCUAUCUAUCUUUGUUUUUUUCGAUUGUUUCUAGUACGAGACGACUCAGAAUAAAGCCGCAUUCUUUGGCGGUGUACGACAUCGAGUUCAUGGCAAAAUGUGUCAUGGGCCAUUCCGGAUGGGUUUUUCGGUAGCCCAUUCAGAUUCUUCAGUGCUUGGUUUUACAGAUUUACAACGGAUACGGUUGCUACUGUGGGAUAGGCGGCGCUGGAAAACCAAUGGAUGGAAUCGACGAGUGAGUUAAAAGUCUUUUGAACUGGAGAUUGAGUAUAAUUUGAAAAUUUUUGUUGGUUCGUUAUUAUUGAACCUCGUGCGAAAAAUUUGAUGGUCUGUGAAUAAGUUUAGGAAAAUUUUUUUCUGGGUAUAUUUUACUCACUAGGGAACGUUUUUUAGAAACAAGAACAAGAAAAAGACUUCUCGCAAUGAGUCUUUUUUUUUUUGAGUUGUGGAGCCUAAAAGCACGCAAAAUACACAACUUAUGACAGAAUUAACACUAUUCCAAUCUUUCAAAGUGUCCUGACUCAAAUACCAGAUCUACUACGAGAAAAAAAAAACGUUCCCUAGUUAGGACGAAAUGAAACAAGUGUCUGCGUCCUGUUACUUCUCACCGGCGAGGUUGAGAAAAAAAGAAAAAGGCUUUCAAACACUCGCGGAAGAGGAGGAAGAUGAUCGGAAUAUUGCAAGUGUUGACGAUUGGAGUAUAAAGAGGCUCAAUAAGCAGAAGUUUCUAUGCAAAAAAUAAGGUUUUGUUUCAAAAGUUCAUCUAUAGUUCUUAUAUUAGGAUCUGUAAGCACCGAUUUGAAAACGUAUCUUCAAGAAUCAUCACGUUCAGUUCUCUUUUUUUUUUGCUUUUUUGUAGAUGUUGUCGAAAACACGAUAUCUGCUACGACAUAGCGGCUCUGAAAGGUGGACCUUGUUGGGUGGCGCCCUUCGAAUACUUCGCUCCUUAUGAAUGGCGAUGUCAGGACCAAAAAAUCCAGUGCACCGGCAAAAGUACAACCUGAGUUUAUGCCAUUCUCCUGAAGACCAUUUUGAAGUGAACAAGAACUGGCGAAUGCUCCCUCUGGACUGUGGCGACGCUUUGUGCGAAUGCGACCGCAAGCUAACCGAGUGUUGGUCACGAUUUCCGCAGCCGCAAGGCCACAUCAAAUGCUCAUUCUGA